AUGCCGCCCACGUUGCGCACCGAUUUCUCCAUCGACGUAGCUUUGGAAGAAUGGACUGAUCUGUGUGGUCAGACUGAUGGUCUGUUCAGUUUAUCACCGCUCACAUCCCCAGAGCCAUCUCCUCCUGCAUCUCCUGUCAUUUCAGCCAAGAUCUCACUCCCAGAACACGGUACCCCCUCGCUCAAGUGUCAGGAUCCGUCUCCUACUCACGAUCAUGCACACGACAUGCUGCUUCCACCUCCAAUUUUUCCCCUGCAUAUCUCGACAUCGUAUUCAUCAAGCCCGCCGUUUUCGCAGUGCACCAUUCCUUCUGAAGAGAUGGUUGCGCAACGAAUCAGCAGCACAUUUGUUACGGAGAAAGGACGUGCUGCUCGUACCGGGUUUAUUGGCAUUAACGACCGUUCCAAGUCGUCGAGGAUGUAUACUCUGGAGGAGCUUACGGGUCCUACUUCAGAGCAUAAGUUCAAACUUGUGAAGUGGGAUGGAAAGAAGCCAAUGUUUGUCUCCGACUCAUCUGGCCGCGCCAUUCUUAUUCUUGCAGGACACCCAGACGACGGACAAUGGCAUAAUCUGAUGGGUCUUGCUGUAGAUGCCCUUGAAAUAGCACGAACGCGCAUUAUCCCGCCGAAGAAACCAAAUCGUCGUGGAUCUUUCGAUUCCCUUCACUGCGGUGUUUCUUUUGGCGGUGGACAAACCUCGCCAUCAAAUCUUCGCAACAACAAGGUGAACCAGGUGUUGCUGGACUGGCUCAAUGGCUUGGAGCCGUUCAAAAGGUUGGCCGGCUUUGCCUCAGGUGCUAUGCACACCUGGGCUAAAGAUUUAUUUGACGCCUACGCAUCCAACUUGAAGGAACUUCACAAAGACCCCGGCUUGAAACAUGUCUUCCCUUCCAGCAUUUUUUCAGCCGCCACCUACAACCUGGGACCUUGUACAGUCUGCCAUAGACACAAGGACUUCUCUAAUCUUCCCUACGGAUACUGUGCUGUCACCGCGCUUGGCAAUUUCGAUCCAACACAAGGGGGGCAUCUCAUUCUCUGGGAAUUAGGACUAGUCAUCGAGUUCCCCCCCGGCUCUACCAUUCUGCUUCCCUCCGCCCUCAUUUCCCACUCCAACGUCCCCAUUUCUUCCAACGAGAGACGAUAUUCGUUUACUCAAUACACUGCGGGCGGGAUUUUUCGUUGGGUUGCCCACAAAUGCCAGACAAAGGCAAAAUACCUCGCAACCCUCAGUCCUGACGGCUUAGCUGCGUAUGCUCAAGAAGAGUCUUUAAGGUGGAUUAAAGGUGUGAACUUGAUACCAGUUGUUCUCCGGGAGUAG